AUCAGUCUGUGUUUGUUAUUCGCGCAUGACUUGUGCAAUCACGUGCAAAUAUUCAUUUGCACAGAAGAACGUUAGUAUUUUGCAUCGAUAGAUAGUGGCUGUUACCUGGACAAAAUGAUUUGGAGAUACAUGCGCGUUCUUACUCUCUAUUUUAUCCUUAUUGACGGUUUGCACGAUGGGAUCGAACCUAUGGUCUAUACGAAAUGGGGCAAGCUCCGAGGUAAAUGGAGUAAAAGUCUGCAAAACAGACGAGUUGCGAAUUUUCUCGGGAUACCAUACGCAUUACCACCAAUUGGCGAUUUGAGAUUCAAGAGCCCACAACAGUGGAAUAAUAAAUGGGAGUCAAUUCGCGAUGCUACAGCUGAUGGAAACAUGUGCCUUCAAAUAAGUGAUUCUGAAAUUCUUGGGAGUGAGGACUGCCUUUAUUUAAAUAUCUUCAUUCCCUAUAUUCCAGGCAUUCAAUUCAUGAAAUUACCAGUUUUAGUUUUCUUGCACAGCGGUGCAUAUGCUAGUGGCAGCAGUGACAGUAAACUGUUGGCGCCGGAUUAUUUGAUGGAUCAGAAUAUAAUUCUCGUCACGUUAAAUUACCGGCUUAAUAUUUUUGGUUUUUUUAGUACAACAAACCAAGUCGCGCCAGGUAAUUAUGGUCUCAAGGAUAUGAAGAUGGCCCUCGAAUGGAUACACGAGAAUAUUCAUAGCUUCAACGGAAAUCCCGAAUCAGUAACUCUUAUAGGAGCGAGUGCCGGUGCUGCAUCGGCUCAUCUACUCGCUCUCUCGAACAAAACAGAAAGACUCUUUCACAAGUACAUUUUAUUUGGCGGUAGCGCUUUAACUCCGUGGGCUUAUCAUUCCAAAAAAAAUUAUCGACAAACUUGUUUGAAAUUGGCAAGGCUAGUUGGCUGCCAGCCGAAAAAAGACGACGACAUAAUCGCAUCAAACGAGACAAUCGCCGUUAAUUGCGAGAAGGAAAAUGGAGGAAGGAGAGAUGCCAACGUUUUUUAUAAAGAUUAUAAUGAUUAUAAUGAAGGAUGCGUAAAAGGCGACGAAGAAAUGGUAAAAUGCAUGAAAACGAUCGAUGCGAGGCAAUUAGUGAAAAUGUCAAAGCACUUUAAUGUUUGGAGGAAUAAUCCAAUGUGUAGCUUUGCUCCUACAUUGGAAGAUGAUUCGGAGGACGCUAUUCUGACGAUGAAUCCGUGGAAAAUAAUAAAGAAUGGUUUGUUUCGCGAUAUGCCGGCAAUAAUAGAAAUCGUGGAAGACGAAGGGUUGGUGAAGACACUCGAUUUCUUCUUAGAUCCCAGCGUGGAGAAAGAAAUGAUUGAAAAUUUCGAAGAAUACAUAUUCUACUUUUUGGAAAAUCGCGAUUGGAUUUCCAAUACUAGUAUUUUCACCACCGCGCUACAAGAUUUUUAUUUCAAUGGCAAUGUGUCAUUGGGUCUUAAAGGCAACAUCACGGAAGUAAUAAAUGACAGCAGCAUAAAAUGGCCAAUACUCAAAACUAUACAAUAUCAAUCAGCAGUAGGAAAUUCCAGCAUUUACUUUUCUCUUUUCGCAUACAAAGGCACAUUUUCGCAUACUUUCGCUUCGGGCACCACGAUUAAUUAUGGUGUUUGUCACAACGAUGAUUUAAAUUACUUAUUCCCCAUAUUGAAUAAUAAAUAUCAAAAUAUGAUGCUAAACAAUACGGAUACCGAUUUUAUAGUUAUCAAUACCAUGACAGAGAUGUUGGCAAAUUUCAUGAGAGAAGGGAUACCGAGAGCAUGGAUGAUCCCUGCGUGGCCCGAUUACCGCAAUACUCAUCAGUUUAUGAGAUUCGGGAUUGGCAAGUCGCCGGAUAUUGUGGUACAAACUGAUUUCCUGUGCGACAGAAUGAAGUUCUGGGACGAGUUGUUAAUCAACGUAUCGACAGGACUGAUGGAAUGCAACGUGAUCAGUGACAAUUAUUCGGAUAACACUCAACUUGGUGUACUUUUCAUGAAAGCUAGUUUACUUGCACCAAUAAAAAGUAACGAUAAUAAUAAAUACGAUGCGAAGCUGUUUCGUUUACUAUCUAAAGCCUAUCUCAGUCACGGCAUGAGAGCGUGAGCGUGUUAACAUCGCCGAUAAAGUUCCCAAAACUCGGGGGAAGGAAAAGUGAGUACUGAA